CGCGGGCCUGUCACGUGACCGCAGCCCCCCGCGCGUGUGCGCCUAUGGAACGCGGGGCCCGAGGCGGCGUGGCUCCGGACCGGGGCCUAGCCUCGGCGACACUGAGGCCGCGGCAGGGGCCCAGGCGGGGGCUCCCGGCCCCGGUACCGUCGGAGCCCGCCGCUUCCUGCUUUGUCUCUACGUGCUGGGAUUCCUGGAUUUGUUUGGUGUAAGCAUGGUCGUCCCUUUACUGAGCCUUCAUGUCAAGUCUCUUGGAGCGAGUCCAACAGUUGCUGGAAUAGUAGGCUCCUCCUAUGGCGUUUUGCAGUUCUUUUCCGGCACAUUGGUGGCGCUGCAGUCUGGGAGCCAGGCCACGAGGUUCUGCCUAGACGCUCCGGCUGUUGCCGUCCUCAGGGGUCUCUGCUCCGUGCUGUGCUUUUCCUUAACUGGCAUCAGCUCAGGAUCAGGAAACACCACCCCGAGCUGAUGGCCCGCCAUCCUCUAGGAGCUGCCCUGGAUGCCA